CCGGCAACGGUCACUCCACAUAAUCACACGGCAGAGGUCUUUGAACACCCUCGGACAGAAGACCAUGGUUCGUGUCGAUUACAGCCAAAUCUCGAACGGAAAUACCGACAUGAUACAACUGAUUGAUAAUUCUUAUCUUGUGGAUCUUGUUAAAUACAGUAACGCCACUGAAAAUAUUGUAUGAUCUCGUAUGCCGUCUUCUGCUUGAAAAAAAAAAUGGUUUCUUUAGUGGCGGUCAAUUCUCUUGGAUCUCAACUUCGAUCUGAAUAGCUCUUUGUCUUUGCUAAUUGAUAAAGCUGACGUUCAACGGAUUUCUCCGAACGCAUUUCUUCACAAUGGCAUCCAGCGCAGCGAAUCCGCCCAAAUACCCUCCGGUGAAGCUGCCGCACCCCUUUCUCACUACAUACCAAGUGCAAACAAUUACCGGGUCGACACCGACGAAGCGCAAGUUGGUUCUGGAAAGCCAGCCGACCGAUGGACGCCCUCUGACAGAGCCAUUGCAUCUCGACUCGCUUUCAUGGACUGACUUGUCAUUCCCUCCUAAGGAUCAAUCUCCUCCCGUCUCAGAUAACAGCGCUUGGGCACGGGCUUGUCGCAGUUCAACCACUACCUUCGAAUGGACAUCAGAUUGCCCUUCGCUUGGUCAAAUCUGGAACGCUAUUCAUGCAAUCUACCUCGCCAAUCCUACAUACGAAUAUUUCCGGCUGACUUUGGCCGGUCGGGACGGCGAUAUUAUUCGAAAGGAACUUCUUACAACCGGACUAGCGAUCCAGCACCCGAAACCGUGGCAUCGGCCCCAGGAUAAGGCGACUUGGCAAUCUGAUGACUUGUUGAUUCUCAGAAGUGCUUUCUGGCAAGGUGCAGCUUCUCCAACAGGCUCUCGGCCAAUCUGGGUGGUGGGAGAUGGAACGGAUGGCCCUCUUCGUAAGCCUUUGGAUCAGUUCCCUAUCAUGCCCGAGAACUAUCAGAUCACUAUGAAGUUCCCAGAGGAGGCUGUAUACACCCGCCAUCCGACCCGUCGUCCAAAGCCGCAUCCUGGAUCCAUUGCUUACAGCCGAUACAUCCCUGAGGUUGACCAACACUUUUCCCUCGAGGUGGUCGAUUGGGAGAACCUCGAACAUCUCAAGCUCUUCAACACCUGGCAGAACGAUCCCCGCGUUGCAAGUGGUUGGAACGAGACUGGAACUUUGGACGAACACCGGAACUACCUUCGCAAGCUGCACUUCGAUCCUCACGUUCUUUGCUUGUUCGGACGUUUCGAUAACACCCGCUUCUCUUAUUAUGAGUUGUAUUGGGCCAAGGAGGAUCACUACGGUGCCCAUUACGACGCUGGUGACUACGAUCGUGGACGCCACUCCCUUGUCGGCGACGCAUCGUUCCGUGGUGCUCACCGUGUGAACGCCUGGUAUUCAAGCUGCAUUCACUACUGCUUCUUGGAUGACCCACGAACUGCCAAUGUUGUUGGUGAGCCAAAGGCCACUGGCGCAACCAUCUUGUCGUAUGAGAAUGCCCAGGGUCUUACCAUCGGCAAAUACGUCGACCUCGGCCAUAAACGUUCAGUUCACAGUAUCGCCAGCCGAGAGAAAUGGUUCCAGCUGUGUCCCUUGUUUUGGGACGGGCGUGAAAGGCCCCUUGAAUCCGCUGACCGUGCUGCGUGGAAUGCCAAACUGUAGGGCUGGGAAAUGUACGAUAUUGCGUUAGCUAGCUUCGGAGCCUGAAACUUGAAGCUGCGUUCUUAGUAUCCUUCUCUGCC